AUGCUUGCCCGAUCAGCAUACCGUGGGGGCCGAAGCUUCACCCCAAAUGCAAUAACAUAUACCAGUCGGGCCUGGUCAUCAGGCUUUGUUCAAGCACGGCCGAUACCUUCAAGAGAUGCGAUAGCGUCUGUGCUUUCAAAAAAUGUCACGAGUUACGCUAUUCGCCCGGAAUUGACGAGAACUAUCUCUGCUCUACCGAAGUUACUGGAUGCAAGACGACACAUUUCAACCUCAUUCGCUCUAGCAAAACGUCAAGAUAAAGAUGACGAAGUACCUUUCUUUGGCGAAGAUGGUGACCGACAGAUGGCAGAGUUGUUUGGCCGUAUGGGAGGAAAUUCUCGACACAUGCGAAAGAUUCUAAGCGAAGUCGAUCAAGAAAUUGCAAAGAAACAGGACAAUGAUGUUGUUGGCCCUUACGAUGAUGUCGACGAAGAUAUCGAUCCGUUCGAACAGGAUCCGGACGAGGAGCCGGCGUACAAGACAGUAUACCUUCCGAAUGAGAAAAUAGACGACAUGAUGAGAACGGGGUUCCUAAAGCCUCUACAUGAAAUCGAUCCGUUGGAACACCACGAAUUGGACGCCGAAGUAGCAGCCCUUCCGCAGAAUGAGAGGGAUCUUCUCAAGAAGUUCUUCAUGAGAUUACAAAUGGCAAAGGCACACCCUUGCGCCUUCACAUACAAGCAGUGCUGGAGAUUAUUCCGCAUUCUGUAUUUAAAACCACAUCUCGCAAAGGUAUUCAACGAACAUGCAUGGGGUAGAUUGUGGGCGCUAGAGAAAGAUCCUAUUCCUUCACCGAAGAAAAUUUGGUUGGGAGAUCUCAUGUGCUACGUUGGGGCGGAGUUGACGGAGGAGCAGUGGAUAGCAUAUAUUGAAGCCCUGUUCUGGCAUGGGCAGCGCGACAAGGCAUUCCAGAUCUGGCAACUUGGUCUUGAGAAUAAUCCCUCAAUGUUAUGGUAUACCGUCGGAACUAGGCUCCAUGCCACAGAAAACCAACCCGAGGCAUCGAAACGGAUUAUCGACCAAGUAAUCUCUCGCUACGGGAAAGCAAUACCGAAGCUUUAUAUUCCGACAAUAGUCUGUUAUCAUACACUCGCAGAAGCAUCCGGAGCGCAAAAUCUUAAAGGAAAGGAGAACCAGUACAACCAAGAGGCUCUCAACCUCUACAACCAGAUGGUCAAAUAUUGUCCAAAUAUCGAACCGAAGGAGUACCUGCGAGUGGCGUUAUCCUUCCUUGAAGCUGGGUAUUUUAGAGACGCGAUGACUGUGUACGAGCAUGCAGCAACAGUCUAUCCCAAUCUCAUCGAUGACCAAGCGACCGCCAUGUACUGGGACUAUAAAUUCAAGGUCGCCGCUAUAAACGCUCAAAACGAUCCGACGGUUGACGAAGCGGAGCUCAGAUACCUCACAGUAAAUGCCCUUAGACUCAUGCCGGAGAAGGAAAAAGCGAGAAUUAUUAUGGGUAACUGGAUGCGUAACCUUACUCGAAGAAAUCGAAUUGAGCCGGCUCUUAGAGUCGCAAGGACGAUGCAAACUCUGGGUCUACGUAUGGACACAACGACCUACAAUUUAUUCAUUAUGCUUCUUGACGAACAUGGAAAAGUCGGUAUGUUGGAGGUCCUAGCGGCUAGGAUGAUAAGGCGACUUCUAGAGCCUAUGUAUCGACAGAAUGCAACCUUCGAACAAGUUCUCCACGAACCUGAAUUCCAACCCCAGGAACCCAAGGAGCUUGACCUCCGAGACGGGGUCGGUGCAAGAAUGAGGGUGGCUAUACCUCAAAUGUCGAUCAAGUUACCUGAUGGGAUAGAAGAAAUGCUUGCGAGAUUCGAACAACGUCCAAAUACCCAGCUCCCAGUUGUCAAUGAAAUCCGGCCAAAACCACUUACAGAGCUUUCCGAGGCGAUAUUCGCAGACUUGAUCAAUGACUAUGAUUUAGUCCCACCAGCAGACCCGGCAACAUUCGGCCUCCUAUUAAGGCGAAGUACAAAGAGCGGUAACAUUCUAAAGGCAACCUCUGCCCUAGACUUGUUCCACAAGGCUAAAAUGGUCCCUAACGCCGCGCUUUCAAAUCCCCUACUCAUCAUGCUUUCCAACCAAAAGGCCUACGAAAAGUUGUUUACAACGCAGGCCUUGCUCGCAAAUCCGGAAGGGUUCAACAUGACACCAAACGCCGCACAGUACAGAAUCCUCUGGGUUUCCCUCCUCCGAGCUCUAAAGCAUGAAGAAGACGUUUCAAAACUUCCAACCCCCAGGAAACUAUUCCAUGACAUGGUCAUGAUUAGCAAUUCUGUUGCACCAACUCGAGAAACAUACAACUACAUCCUUCGAUGUUUCUGGCAAGCCAAUGACCCCAUCGGGGCGUACACGGCAAUGCACGGGAUGGCCAUGGUUUGGGAAAUGUAUCCUCACAAACUAGCUAUCGAGAUUACGAUCGCGGGUGUUGCCAGGGUAUCAUCUCGUGGACAGUCUCGAGUCGCCAGACGACAUGCGUAUUGGUAUAUGAAACAACUUGCCUCGGCAAAUUACCCUCAAUGGUCUUUGAGGACGGCUAUCCGACGAACAAGGAGUUUGAUGCAUAAAUGGUGGCUAAGGAAUGUUAGGAAGAAGAAUAAGAUGAAGAGAGAGUUGACAGAACUGAUGCUGGAAGGUCAUGAUGUUACACAGAAGCUUGAGGUUUAUGCAGAAUUAAACAAAAAGCUAAGAAUGCAGAUGAAGGAAGUGAAGCGGCUUGAAGAGCAAAUCAAGAAGUAUUGGGAACAACCACCCAUCGGCUUCAACUUGCCAAGGACGGAUGAGGGAAGAGCUGCGGUUUCCGGAGCUAUACCUAUCGAUCUUGAUAAGGGUAGGGAUGAGAAGAUGCCACAGGAUGUUAUAAACCAGUUGUCGGACUAUAUACGACAAAGGUUCUACGAUGGCCCGUGGCCGCAGGAAUGGCUCGACGAGGUUACCUGGGCGAGAGUUGAGAUGGGUAUAUCGGACGAAGAAGCAAUCCAGGAGAGAAAGCUGAGCGUCUUCGAUGUUGAUUAA